GAAGCUGCCAAAGAACUCAAUUGGACCUAAGCAUAUCAUACAUCUGAGAAAUAUUGUACCAGACUCUACUUGUCUUGUAAGGAAAGAGAAACUACAAGAACCUACUUCACUUGUAGACCAGAAAACAGAUGGGAGAUGGAAGAACUACAGACAGAAAACGUAGGAAGGCUAGGAGGGAAAAUCUGUGUCUUUUGGAAUGCCCACUCCCUCAAAAUCUCAUGUUUGAGGAGGGAGUUGAAGAGUCAAAGGGUUUUGGAACCAUCUCUAGAGUGCCAUCUUGUAAUGUCCACUGCAAACGUUCCGAUGGUGCCUGCAGAGUGGAAGGUUCAGCUGACUGGACACUGUCAUUGUCCAGGGGUUGCCCAGAUGCAUUCACAUGCUAUGAGAUGAAGGCUCAGUGGCUGCUGCUCGUCCUUGCCAGUGUCCUGGCCACAGGACAAGGAAUGAUUUACACACCCUGUGAGCUAGCUCAGCAGCUCCAGCAGCUGGGAUUGGAUGGCUAUGCUGGCUACAGCUUGGCUAACUGGGUUUGCAUGGCGGCUCACGAGAGCAGCUACAAUACUCAGGCCAUUGACUACGACUCUAAUGGCAGUGCCGACUUUGGGAUCUUCCAAAUCAACAGUGCUUAUUGGUGCCAGAAUGGUGACGAGUCAAGUGCCAACCUCUGUGGAAUUUCAUGCUCUGAACUGCUGACAAACAACCUUGCUCCAGAUGUGGCUUGUGCAAAGAUUGUGGUCGAUAAUUCAUGGAAUGGAAUGGGUGCCUGGGUGGCAUGGAGAUUGUACUGCCAGGGGCAGGAUCUGUCAGGCUAUCUUGCUGGAUGUGACCUGUAGAGAAUCGGUGUCACCUAGAAGUCGCUCAGCGACUGUCUGCCAAGCGAAAUCUUAAGUCAAGACCGAAAUAAAUGCAUUAAAAACGCAGUGGUGUCCUGUUUGACAAUGUCACGUCAGCACCUAUCUUUGUAUCUAAGGCCAUCCAGGUGAAGUGGUUGCUGGGAACUGUAUUCCAAACAAGCAACUUUUUCAAGAUCUAGGAAAGAAAAGAGGUAACGGCACAAAUAUUUGGGCAGCAGAACUCUUGAGUUACUUCUGGUAAAUAAUUGCUAUGGGGUCUAAGUUUAAGGCCAAAUAAGGGGUGAAGUUACCAUACUCCUGUUCUUGGCCUGACAUCAACACCACUGGGGGCUCUUGACUGUUCCUAUUUGAAAUAAUGCAGAAAAACAGAAGUGUUGCCUGUUAAACAAAGCAUACAAUUCUAUUAACAA